AUGAAUCAUGCCGAAAUUCAACUUCUCAAACGAAAAUUUGAUAUGUUGCCAAGUUGUCAAAUCUACAAAGAUUAUGAAAUCACAGACGACACAUUGCUGGAGAUAAAACCACUUUCAAAAAAAGUCGGAGACGUCUACGACGUCGAUGAAGACUUUGAUGAAGGGUUUCUGACUCAACCAAAACUCGUUGAGGAAAACAAAACAGAAGAUACGGAGAUCCUCGACUCGCCGUUCAAAAAAGAUAACAAAACGUUCUCAACUAUUUCAGACAAAAUCCUGUUGGAACCAGUCAAAUAUACACAACGUACAAAGGCGAAUACAAUGUCUGCAUUUGUUACUUCAACGGAUGGGAAAGCUCAACCACUUACUAAUUCUAUAUUACCUCCCCAACAAAACUCUAUCUUCAAUAUUAAUCAACAAAACACACCUUUGUCCGCACAAAACUAUUUCACAACUUCUACUAAUAAUAGUAUGGAUACGACUAACAUAUUACAACAUAAUAAUGUACCACUCUUCACUCAAAAAACUAUACCACUCCAAAAAGUCGAAAAGACUGAGAAAACGGCUACAGUACCUGCACAUCAAUCACCUUUGCAAGAAGGCCAAUUGAAACAAAAACUCACAAAACCAAGAAGAUCAAAAACGGAAAGAAUGAACAAAUUGGAGUUCUCAUCUCCAAAGUCUUUGCCAAAGAAAAAGUCGGAAUCACCAAGCAAAGCGCAAAAAGGAAAACGAAAAAGCGCGCAACAAUUUUCGCCAAUCCAAAUGUCAUCAACAACACCACAAAUGAAAGUAACUUCCCUCAACGUCCCCAUACAAACAGAUUUAAUUGACGUUGAUGAUGUCGAUAAAAACUCUGUGAUUGUGAAUGAUAAUGGAACAGUUGAAGCUAUUGACAUUGAUGAAAUUAAUAAAUUCAAUCAAAUUGAAGAUGAUAGAGCAAAUGAUUUGACUGAAUUACUUGGGGAAGAGAUCCACACUUCUAUGAUUAACUGA